CAAUCGCAAUGUCUUUGAGAAAAUUUAUGCACAAAAGAAACAAAUAUAAGGAAGAACCGAAUUUCAAGCAACUUGCUAUUUUAUAUCCAGAAUUUCGUAAAGUUGUCAUUACCGACAUUGCAGGAAAAGUUAAGCUAAAUUUUAAGAACGAGGAGACACUGAGAGUUCUGACAAAAACUUUAUUGAAACAUGAUUUCAAUUUGGACGUUGAAAUUCCUUUAAAUAACUUAGUACCUGCACUACCAUUAAGAUUGAAUUAUAUAUUAUGGAUCGAGGAUCUUUUAAAGCACAGUGGCAUUAUUGAUUUAUCAUUGGUUCAUGGGAUAGAUAUAGGAACCGGUGCAAUUUGCAUAUAUCCAUUGUUAAUAGCUAGAAUCUUUAGAAGUAAAAUGACUUGUACAGAUAUAGAUAGCGAAACUGUGAGAUCGGCAAUAAAAAAUAGUCAAAUUAAUCAUUUACAAGAUUUAGUAAAAGUUGUCUUAGUAAAGAAAGACUCGAUUUUAAAAGACGUUUUACAAGAACAUGAUAUUUCAUUCGUAAUGUGUAAUCCACCAUUUUUUGAAACUGAUAAAAACAUAAGGAAAAUAUCAAAACUACAGCCUCCUAGGAAUGCUCCAACCGGUAUUGAAACCGAAUUGGAAGUUAAUGGUGGAGAGAAAGAAUUUAUUUUACGUUUAGUUAAAGAAAGUGUCGAAUUUAAAAAUAGAGUAAAAAUCUACACAACAAUGUUUGGACAAAAAAGUAGCUUAAGUUUUAUAAAAGGUGAAUUAGCAAAAAAUGAAAUAUUUAAUGUAACAUGGACAGAAUUUUGUCAAGGUUAUACUAAGAGAUGGGGCAUAGCUUGGUCGUUUGCUGCAAAAAGCGAUGUAGAUUUAACUACCGCACCAGUUAUAAGGACAAGAACAGAAGUAUUAAAAUCGAAGAAAGAUCAAUCGAUGGAAAUAAUUUUUCCGCCUAAAGAAAAUUUAAGCUGUAUGGAUGAGAUUGUUUCUAAUUUAAAAAAAUGGAUGACUGAAUUGAACAUAAAAAUAAAAGAAAUAGAAUUUAGUGCUGAUUAUCCGUGCUGGGCUUGUAAAUUGAAAGGGCAUUAUGAUACGUGGACUCACGCUAGAAGGAAACGGCGCAUGAUUAAGCGUCAGGAAGCUUUAAAAAAGUCCUGUAUAGAAAAUUCAGAAUUCAAUAAUGAAAUGGAAAGCGCACAAUUCAAUCGAUCGGGUCCAACGCCUCCGAACGAAGAUGACGGUACAAAAUCAGCCGAACCGUUAUUGAUUUGUACCCUGGUUGUAGGAGAAAAUAGUGAAACGAGUGAAAGUAAUGAAAAAAAUGAUGAUACCAAAAUAUUUAAAAUUUGUAUGAUUUACGAAAGCGGUUGCGGUGGUAAAGUAAGUUUAGAAACUCUCCGCCAAUAUAUAAUAAAUAAGCUAAAAAUUCGAGAUUUUUGGCAAAAACAAAAUUCAAGUAAACCAAAUAAAAGAAAGAGGAAAAGAUAGUACAUAAAUGUACGAAUUUCCAUGCACUAAUUCGUUAUGAAAAAGUUGUAAUUAGAUUAAUAUUAUUAAAUUUCAUAUACAAAAUGUUUUAUUUACUGUGAUUUUUUUUUACCAAAUUACAUAACAGAUGAUAUACGUAAAUUAGGCAUUUAACUUCAUUAUAAGUAAUCCUUAUUGGCUAAUAUCUUUUGUAUGGUACAAUUUCACUAACAAGUACAAUACAAUGUUUGACAUAACAAACAUAGAAAGAAAAAAGCGAUGACUGAUGGUAAUACGCCAUAAUUAACGUAACUUAAACUGACACUUCUUACUAAUUAACAUCGUCACAAUUAUUAUCAAACAACUCUCAUUCUGAUAACUAUAAAAAUUAAUAAAGAGCAUUAAAACGCAACGAAUAAUUGACAUAAUUUAAACUACACUCAAUUAGUAAAUUCAAUUCGUAUUGAAUUUUUGAUCUUAUUCAAUUAAUGCAGCUUUAACGAAUAAUUAAGCUAUUUUAUUCAAUUUAACAAUUUCUGAUCGACAGAUUAAAUUUGUUACUAUGUAUGUUCACAGCAAUUACGUUUGAAAAAUUAUUUAUUAUGGUUUCGAUUAUAUAUGAAAUUUAUUCGA